AAGUGUGGUGUUUGAACGUUUGAUUGUUGGCCGUUGGUGACGUUACAGAAAUACGUAAAAAUGGGUUUGUGGAAGAGUAUAAUAAAUCGCAUGUGGAAUGUGUAUUCUGUGUGGUUUGUGUUUAGCGUGUUCACAGUGUUCAUAUUUGAGAGAUUGCACAAAGUGCAUCCUAUCCCACUUGUUGAUGAGGUGUUUCACAUACCCCAAGCCCGGAAUUACUGUGAUGGCAAUUUCCUGCAGUGGGAUCCUAAAAUAACAACACUCCCAGGACUGUACGUGUUUUCUGUCAUUUACCUCAAGAUUGCUGGAUUGUUUAUGGGGCAAGAUUUUUGUGACAUACAUGGUCUUCGUGUCUUCAAUGUUUUCCUCUGUCUUGCUAAUUUUAUCCUGAUUUACAGACUACAACGGCAGAUAAGCACCUUGGGGAGGUGGUGUGAUGGCAGGAAAUGUUUAGCAGAUGAGUGCAAAUGGAGGGAUCUUGCCACAGCUUUGAAUAUGUCCCUGUUUCCUGUUCUCUACUACUUUGCAUUCUUUUACUACACUGAACAGUUAUCAACUUUUACUGUGUUACUGACAUAUUCAUUGUCUCUUACUGAAUAUACCAAAGAAUCUGCCAUAAUGGGUGUUAUAUCCAUCUUUGUGCGUCAGACCAAUGUGAUAUGGAUAGGAUUCAUACUCCUCAUUAAACUCUUCAGUUUACUCCAGCGUGAUAUGGUAGCUGUCGGAAAGUAUGUGAAUGUGUUAAAAGAUGAAGAGUUCUUCCAAAUGGUGACGGCAUUGAUCUACCAUCCACUUUACUCCUGGUGGAAGAGGCGGCAAGCUUUUAUCACGUUAAUUUCAAACUAUGUUGUAAAAAUGCGCCAUUAUUUGAUAGUGUGUGUCAUUUUUAUGAUAUUUGUCGUGAUUAAUGGAGGUAUAGUUGUUGGUGACAAAUUGGCCCAUGUUCCGGUCUUACAUUUAUCCCAGAUGCUGUACUUUAUUCUGUUUGCAUCAUCUUUUUGUAUGCCUUAUUUUAUAAUUUUGGGAGCCUCAUUCAAGAGCUGGCUGAGACAACAUUAUAUAAUUGCAGCAAUAUUUUUAGUUUUGUGUGCAGUAGUGGUACGCUAUUACACAUUUGUGCAUCCUUACCUCCUGGCUGAUAAUAGACAUUAUGUUUUCUACAUUUGGAAGUUAUUGUAUGAACGCAAUCCAAUGAUAAAGUAUUUUUUAAUUCCAAUUUAUUUGUAUGGAGGAUAUUGUAUAACAUACUUUCUUGAUACACAUUCAUUUGCAUAUAAGCUGUCAUACUUAAUUUGUGUAUUCUUAAUUUUGGUACCACAAAAGCUUCUAGAAUUUCGUUAUUUUAUUUUACCAUUCUUAAUAUUUCGCUUGAAUGUUUAUCCAAAGUAUCGGUGGCAGUUGUGGUUAGAGUUUUUUAUGUAUGCCAUUAUCAACUUGUCAACAUUUUAUUUAUUUUUGACUCGUGAGAUUCGUUGGGACGACAUUGCUGAAGUUCAAAGACUUAUGUGGUAAAUGUGACAUCUUCAAGUGGAGAAAGACUGAACUGCAUUUGACUUCACCAGUUCUGUAUUGUAUGGUUGAAAUGUACAACAGCGGCUGUUUAGAACUAGAAAAUUUAAUAUGUUUAUACUUUCAGAUAUUAUUGCCAAACAUAUUUGAUACAUUGUAAGAAAAAAAGGAAGAAAUGUACUAUGUGGUAUGCUCCUUCAGUGUAGCUAUAGAUGUUAAGCGUGUUGCCACUCUAGGCAUUAAAUGUAUACUGCCUAGUCACCUGGCUGUGUUCGUGAUCUCAUUCUGUUUUAAGAUUAUUCUUUGUAGGUAUAUAUAGGUACUUUAAGGUUAGGUAGUAUCAGGCAGUGACUAGUGAUUUUUAAACCAAUGAUAUUUGAGAAUUAUAUGUGAUAUCUCUGUGAGAAUUUGUAAGUGAUACUGAAUUACACAGUUUUGGGACCAAUGUCUUUGAUAGAUCCUAGUGUGGUUGAGAGGACAGUAUGUGUGAAGUAUUCUCACAUUAAUAGAAGUAGUUCAACUGUGGUCUGUUAAAAAUUCUGAGGUUUUCUUGACUGUUGUAUGCUACACUUUUUGUGGCCUAAACUUCUCUCUCAAACUUUAUAUAAAGGUGUCUUUGUGUUUAAAUUCAUCUCUAUGAGAAAUAAAAACCUGAGAAUGUGCAAAGGCCAUCAGAGUGCAUAGGGUGCAGGAAACGUGAACUACUACAUCAUAAAUAUUGAUCAUUAUUGAUGUAAUAAAAGUUCUCAGCUGCACUUGUUUGGAAAGCAGUCACUACUAGUCUUGGUAUGCGAAGAGUUGCAUGCAGUUAUAAGUAUCAGGUGGUGCAUCACAACCGAAGCAAUAAAUUCAAUUUAGUGGAUGUUAGCAUUAUUGAAUUCGUUCCAAAUGAACAUAGGUAAUGAGGUGUCAGUGGUGUAUAUUUGGCAAGAAAAAUUUGAUUACUUAUAGUUAUCUUUCAGUUAGUGUUUUUACUUUUCUGUUUUUAUCAGUUUAUUGCCAGUAGUCAUGGAGUUGUUCUGUACACUAUAUUACUUCAUUACAUGAAAUAAGCUGAGUUACAUAGUACCUGCUCUGUAUUAUGGAGUUAGUCUCACUGUUUCUUUUAGUGUAUUGUUUCUGAAUUUGUGCAAAGACGUAUACAGUGUAUGCUGAUUUUGGGGAAAGCAUUUUUCAUUAAAUAUUUCCUUAUAUUUUGUACUUAUUUCAGCAACCAUAAUUGUUUUUGUACUUCAUUUUAUUGGUAACCAUUGUAUUCUCUCCCUCAAUUUCACUGUAGUUACUGCCAUAUUUAUUAUUAUUAUUAUUAUUAUUAUUAUUAUUAUUAUUAUGUACUCACCCACCACAAUUUCUGUAAAAUCCUUAAAUAUUACACCGAACUAUUGAUCCUUCUAUUACAUAGGCAUUUAAUGUGUGGCUUACUUUUACAGUUCCUUCCUUGUAACUCUUCACUGUUCAUAUUUGUUACAUGUUGUGGAAGUUGCUCUGCUGCAGCAAUUAGCGUUGCGUUAAUAUUAUGCCAAGCAAAUAUUGUGAAUUUUUAGUUCUGUAAAAGACGCGUGUAUUUUAUCAUUCUUUGUAAAACUAGCAGUUUUCUACCCAACUGCCUCACCAAAGGUUUUGAGGAAAGAAAUUUUUAGUGUUACAAAAUUUGUUUAAAAACAUUCUUGUUUGAGUUAAUAAAGUGUUUCCUCUUUUUUAUUGCAUUGUAUUUGUGUGUUGUUAUGUAGAAAAAAUAGGCUCAGAAAUUUGGAUACUUUUGGUGAC